AUGGCUGGAGAAGAAAUCAAGAAAAUCGGUCCCGCUGUAGGUGUUUUGGAGCGUGUUUCUUCGGCGCAUACGAAAGCAUUUGAAUAUUGGAUUCAGAAGUCGGUUUCUGAGCAUAUGUAUCGCGCUAAGACUUCUAUGUUCAGGAAUAUCAAUCAGGGGGCGCCUGGGAAAGCUGGGGACAGUAGGCUGGUCGGGAUUGUGAAAGAGCUCCGUGAGCUGGCAAAUGAGAUGUCUCUGCUGUAG